GACGCCCUCUCGGUUGGCUGUUAGGUGGCUUGGCGAGGGAUGAGGGAACGAUGAUUCUGGGACGGGUCGUGGCAGGCAUCGGAGGGGGCGGCUUGAUGAGCAUUAGCACCUUUCUGGCGUCCGAUCUGGUGCCGUUGAAGAAGAGAGGGGUGGUGCAGGGGGUGGGCAAUAUCGCGUACGGAUCAGGGGCCAUGCUGGGCGGCGUCCUUGGCGGCUUCAUCAGCGACACCUCCUCUUGGGGUUGGCGGCUGGUGUUCCUCAUCCAGGUGCCUGUAGUCGCGGCCUCGGGGCUACUGGUUUGGUAUCUCGUGGAUGUCCCGCCCAAAACCUCCAGCAAGUCAGUUCUGGCGCGCAUUGACUUUGGCGGCUCUUUCCUAACGGUGGGCUUCCUUGUCCUGUUGCUUCUCGGGCUGAACGCGGGCGGUAACGUCGUGCCCUGGACCGACCCGCUGGUCCUGACGACCAUUCCGCUGGGUAUCGUCAUGCUGGUUGUCCUGGUAUGGUGGGAGAGCCGCGCCAAGCAGCCCAUCAUCCCGGUCCGACUGCUGCUCGAUCGGACGGUGCUCACGGCUUGCAUCACCAACUUCUUGGGCACCAUGGUGGUGAUGAUGACCACGUUCUACGUGCCACUGUAUGUCCAAGUACUCGGGUUCACGGCGACACAAGCCGGUCUCCGGGUCCUGGCCUCCUCGUUCGGCGUCUCCGUCUCCUCUAUCGGAUGCGGACUCAUCAUGAAGAGGACCGGCAAAUACGUCGGUCUUGGCGUAGCCGUGCUCUUGAUUUACACGUUCGCCAUGUGCCUCGUCGCGACGCUCGACGAAGAUGCGCCGAACUGGGUCCCGUUCGUGGCCAUGGCGCUCGUUGGCGGGGGCUAUGGCGGAAUGCUGACGGUCACGUUGCUCGCGUGCAUUGCUGCUGUGGACCACGCGCAUCAGGCCGUCAUCACAUCGGCCACGUACGCUUUCCGAUCCGUGGGCGGGACCCUGGGCAUCACGGUCGCGUCGGCCGUGUACCAGAACAUCCUCAAGGCCCGACUGUGGGACCGGUUCGGAGGCCUGCCUGGCGCAGCUGAAGAGAUUGAGCGAAUCCGUGAUGACCUGGGCGAGAUUGCGAGGUUGCCCCAGGGCUGGCGCGACGGCGUCAUAGCCUCGUUCAUGGAGGCGUUCCGGGGCGUGUGGAUCAUGGCCUUGGGCCUGAUCGUUGCUGGCUUGGUCAGCGUCUCGCUGAUGAGGCAGCACAAGCUGCAUUCGAACUUGGCGCGGCAAGAAGAAUAAAGGGCGGAACUAACCAACGAUCAUCAAGACACAGAUGAGGUAGACAAGGCAUAGAAGCGAGACGAGGGAAAUAAAUGUCAUAGAGACAAUCGGUCAUUUUGGGCCAGUCACAGAUGUGCUGCCCAAACCACGCGUCAAGUCGGUGGCUGCCUGCCUAGGUCUGACUGCCUACCCAGUGACGUUGGUUCAGGGCCGCGGUGAUUAGACUUCGGAAGCGUUUGAACCUCUCGUUAAGAGCGGUAGUAGAGAAUGCCGAUUCUACA